GAGCAGCCGGAGCACAGUAGAGACCAAAGUCACUCUGUGCUUCCUGCUGACACUGAGGUGCUGACAAGAGACAAGAAUGGAGGCUGGAAUGAAUGUCCUGCAUGAUGCAGGGGUUCAGGCCACUCGCUACUUGCAAGUGAAUUACCAGGGCUCCCAGGACUGGUUUCUCUUUGUCUCUUUUGCCGCUGACCUGCGAAACACUUUCUUCAUCCUCUUCCCCAUCUGGUUCCACCUCUGUGAGACAGUGGGCAUCAAGCUCAUCUGGGUGGCGGUGAUUGGGGACUGGCUCAACCUGGUUUUUAAGUGGAUCCUUUUUGGGCAGAGACCCUACUGGUGGGUCCAUGAGACCAAUUACUAUGACAACACCUCUGUUCCUGUCAUCCAGCAGUUCCCUCUCACAUGUGAGACUGGCCCAGGAAGUCCCUCAGGUCAUGCAAUGGGUGCAGCAGGAGUUUACUAUGUGAUGGUGACAGCCAUUCUUUCUGUUGUUGUGGGGAAGAAACAGCCAGCAUUUAAAUACUGGUUCCUGCGGAUGGCAUUGUGGACAGGGUUCUGGGCAGUACAGAUCUGUGUCUGUCUGUCCCGAGUCUUCAUUGCUGCACAUUUUCCUCAUCAAGUCAUUGCAGGGGUCAUCUCAGGCAUGGCAGUGGCUGAAGCUUUCCAACACAUCCACUCCAUUUACAAUGCCAGUCUCUGGAGAUACCUGGGCACAACCCUCUUACUUUUCAGUUUUGCCCUGGGCUUUUACCUGCUGCUGAAGACUCUUGGUGUUGAUCUGCUGUGGACCCUGGAGAAAGCCAAGAGGUGGUGUGACCAGCCGGAGUGGGUUCAUAUUGACACCACACCCUUCGCUGGCCUCCUCCGGAACCUGGGCAUCCUCUUUGGGCUGGGGCUGGCCCUCCACUCCCAGAUGUACAUGGAAAGCUGCAAAGGGAAGCAGGGCCAACAGCUGCCCUUCCGCCUGAGCUGCAUUGUGGCCUCACUUGUUGUCCUGCACCUGUUUGACUCUUUCAAACCGCCCACCAAAGUGGAGCUGCUGUUCUAUGGCCUGUCUUUCUGCAAGAGUGCAGCUGUGCCCCUGGCUGCUGUCUGUCUCAUCCCCUUCUGCGUCUCCCAGGUCCUGAGCCAACAGGAUAAGAAAGCUGUAUAAAAGGAAUUGGAACUUGGGUAUUUAUAUACAUCAUGGGUGCCGUGUCCCACGAACAGAAAGUUAGGGCCCUUGGUCCCCCCACCUGUGUCUGGGUGCAAGUGCCAGAACUGGAUCUAGUGAGUCCUGGGUCAGCCAGUGCUACAGCAGAUGCUGGCUUAGACCCAGCCAUGGCCAUUGCUUUCUUAUCACCAAAUCUGCACAUACUGACUUCACCCUGGGACCAGCCCUGUGUGGCUCCUGGGAAGUCCCUGUCUGGCUUACACAGCAGAACUGCCACCUAUGGAACUGAUCUUAUGAUGCAGGUCAAAAUUUAGAGACUGGGAUACGUUCAUAUGCAGGCUGCAUGCACAGCAAGCCCCACUGCCAUGAGAGGGACACUGGAUACAGCUCCUCUCCUGUCCCUCGGAUGGCAUAUGUGAUAAGGUGAACACUGGAGCCCUGGGGCCAGACUAUAGCAGGUGGAAGCCCCUGGCAGCCAUCACAAUUUCCCUAGAAGAUCAUACCAGCUCCUUUUGCACUCUCAAGAUGACACAAGCUAACCUCAGCCCUCCCCUGGUAUUUGUCAUGUGAGGAGAUUGGCAUUGCCAGGGGUGGAGGGUGCUUAUGCUUGCAUGUUAUUGGGAUGAUUGAUCUGAUAGCUCCUCACUGAGGACCAGAGGCUGUUUACAGGAGAGUGAUGUUUGGAGACCGAGUGUGAAAAUCUUAGCAGAAAAGCUCCUAUGUGCCACCAGCCCUGGGGCUUGCCAGCUUGUGUUCCAUCGAGUACCCAGCGCCUAGCAGUUAUCUUCUGUGUAAAGCAGCAUGUAUACAUGUGUGCCUAUAUGUAAACAGAGGGCAUUUUAUUAAAUUCUGAGGUGGUUUCAUCACCA